GCUUUGAGUCGGAACCGCCGGUGAACUUGGGCGCCACGUUCCGGGUGACGGACCCCCCGAGGAUGGUGAACACGAGCUGCUGCUGACCCUGCCUCUGCCGCUCCUUCUCCCGGCUGCCGAGCGCCUGGGCCCCCUUUCUCCUCCCGGUGCCCAGCCGUGGGUGAACCUGCAGGCUCCUAACCCACCCGGAGGACUUUUUUUUGAAAGGAAACGAGGGAGGGAGGGAGAGGGAAAGAGGGAGAAAAAGAAGGGGAGCUCGUCCAUCCAUUGAAGCACAGUUCACUAUGAUCUUACUCACAUUCAGCACUGGAAGACGGUCGGAUUUCGUGCAUCUUUCGGGGGUGUUUUUCUUGCAAACCUUGAUUUGGAUUUUAUGUGCUACAGUCUGCGGAACGGAGCAGUAUUUCAAUGUGGAGGUUUGGUUACAAAAGUACGGCUACCUCCCACCAACUGACCCCAGAAUGUCGGUGCUGCGCUCUGCAGAGACCAUGCAGUCCGCCCUAGCUGCCAUGCAGCAGUUCUAUGGCAUUAACAUGACGGGAAAAGUGGACAGAAACACAAUCGACUGGAUGAAGAAGCCUAGAUGUGGUGUACCUGACCAGACAAGAGGUAGCUCCAAAUUUAACAUUCGUCGAAAGCGAUAUGCAUUAACAGGACAGAAGUGGCAGCACAAACACAUCACUUACAGCAUAAAGAACGUAACUCCUAAAGUAGGAGACCCUGAGACCCGUAAGGCUAUUCGCCGUGCCUUUGAUGUGUGGCAGAAUGUAACUCCUCUGACAUUUGAAGAAGUUCCCUACAGUGAAUUAGAAAAUGGCAAACGUGAUGUGGAUAUAACCAUUAUAUUUGCAUCUGGUUUUCAUGGAGACAGUUCUCCCUUUGAUGGGGAGGGAGGAUUUUUGGCACAUGCCUAUUUCCCUGGACCAGGAAUUGGAGGAGAUACUCAUUUUGAUUCAGAUGAGCCAUGGACACUAGGAAAUCCUAAUCAUGAUGGAAAUGACUUAUUUCUCGUGGCAGUUCACGAACUGGGACAUGCUCUGGGAUUGGAGCAUUCAAAUGACCCUACAGCUAUCAUGGCUCCAUUCUACCAGUAUAUGGAAACAGACAACUUCAAACUUCCUAAUGAUGAUUUGCAGGGCAUCCAGAAGAUAUAUGGUCCACCUGACAAGAUCCCUCCACCUACAAGACCUCUACCAACAGUGCCCCCACACCGCUCUAUUCCUCCGGCUGACCCAAGGAAAAAUGACAGGCCAAAGCCUCCUCGGCCCCCCACCGGCAGACCUUCCUAUCCUGGAGCCAAACCAAACAUCUGUGAUGGGAACUUUAACACUCUAGCUAUUCUUCGCCAUGAGAUGUUUGUUUUCAAGGACCAGUGGUUUUGGCGAGUGAGAAACAACAGAGUGAUGGAUGGAUACCCCAUGCAAAUUACCUACUUCUGGCGGGGCCUGCCUCCUAGCAUCGAUGCAGUUUAUGAAAACAGUGAUGGGAAUUUUGUCUUCUUCAAAGGUAACAAAUAUUGGGUAUUCAAGGACACAACUCUUCAACCUGGUUACCCUCAUGACUUGAUUACUCUCGGAAGUGGAAUUCCCCCCCAUGGUAUUGACUCAGCCAUUUGGUGGGAGGACGUUGGGAAAACCUAUUUCUUCAAAGGGGACAGGUAUUGGAGAUAUAGUGAAGAAAUGAAAACCAUGGACCCUGGCUAUCCCAAGCCAAUCACAGUCUGGAAAGGGAUCCCUGAAUCUCCUCAGGGAGCCUUUGUGCACAAAGAAAAUGGCUUUACAUAUUUCUACAAAGGAAAGGAGUAUUGGAAAUUCAACAACCAGAUACUCAAGGUAGAACCUGGAUAUCCGAGAUCCAUUCUCAAGGAUUUUAUGGGCUGUGAUGGACCAACAGACAGAGAUAAAGAAGGACACAGCCCGCCAGAUGAUGUAGACAUUGUCAUCAAACUGGACAACACAGCCAGCACUGUGAAAGCCAUAGCUAUUGUCAUUCCCUGCAUCUUGGCCUUAUGCCUCCUUGUAUUGGUUUACACUGUGUUCCAGUUCAAGAGGAAAGGAACACCCCGCCACAUACUGUACUGUAAACGCUCUAUGCAAGAGUGGGUGUGAUGUAGGGUUUUUUUUCCCUUUCUUUCUUUUUCCAGGAGUUUGUGGUAACUUGAGAUUCAAGACAAGAGCUGUUAUGCUGUUUCCUAGCUAGGAGCAGGCUUGUGGCAGCCUGAUUUGGGGCUGACCUUCCAAACCCAGAGGGUUGCUGGUCCUGCACAUGAGUGGAAAUACACUCAUGGGAAAGCUUCCAUGAUGCACAGUAUCUGCCGUUCUUCAGUCCUUUGUCUUUCUUUGUCAUUCAGUUAUAGGCCUUUCCUCUGCACGCUCAAUGCCCAGUCAAAUUUCAGGAUUAACUAAAGAAGAGGAAAAAAAAAAGAAGAAAAGAUUCUUCUUAAAGGUUUUAAAUAUUAUUUUCCUUCUGAAGUCUGAGCCCAUUUUGGGGAGAGAGAGAGAAAAAAAAAAAGCAAAAGAGAAAAAUCCACAAUUUUUGCUUUAAAGCAAAGGAAAAAAAAUGUUUAAACAAAAAGUCCACAAUUGAACUUUCAGGAAAGUGUGAAGACCCAAAACAGCUUUGUCUCCAAAGAAGAUAGCUCUGUGACUGCUAUGGAUAAUCUCCUGCGCAUCAUUUUGUCAGGUGGGAGAUCUGGAUACACAGGCAGGACUUUAGACUGUCGGGACAGCCAUUUUCCAACAAACAAGGGGCCAAAAUAUCUGCAAUAUAGUAACAGCCUUAAUAAUACAUCCAUUUUUCGUUUUAUACAGCUGUUCUCAGCUAUGUCCUCAAUGUUUCAUCACAUUUCUAUUCAUACCUAUAUUCAAAACAGGACCUUUGAAUUGUUUUGAAGUGUUUCUAAACCCUCUCUUGCCACCUGACCCCUCUAUCAUUGUGAUAAUAUCCCCAGGUUGUAUUUAGGCCAAUGCCCCAGGCCUUCCAUGGGUCUGUCAGGAAUAUUCAUUACAAAGCAGAGCAAGAAGCAGUAUGUUUCUGAAGUAGAUUAAAGUGACAGUUAUUUUGCAAGGAUUUGUAAUUCUAGUAAUAUAUUGGUGUAACCCUUUGAGAACUAUCAGACCAGCUUUCAGAGUCUUAGGAUUGUCAGUGUUGCUAUGUGGUAAAUUGUAGAACUGGCCAAUGUUAAAAACAGUGAUAGGUUCAAGAAGUUCCAGUUUUUAAAACAUAUCCCAUAACCUCCUUGUAAUUCUAAAAUGAUUUACAGUACUACAUGAAUACACUUAUAACGAACAGCAAUGAUGUUACCUGCCCAAAAUUUUCUGGCAAAUAAAAAAGAUAUUUUGUUAACAGUAUCUCCUAAGAGUGAAAUUUUAUUUGAAUAACUGUUUAUGGCAACCUAAUUCUUUUUUUUUUCCUUAGACAUAUUGAAUUCUUGUUUUAAAAUCCAUUGCAUGAGAAUUCAAUUUGCCUUGGUAUACGCAGUUAGCAUUGCCAUUUUAAAAAUGAAUUAAAAUGAUGACUCUGAGGUUGCAUGAAUAUCCUCCAUUGCAUUACCUACUGCAUGUCAACCAUAGUUCUCAAAGGGUUAGUAUGGCUUCUGGCAUUUUGCCAUCCAUUUGAUCACUGACAGAGCCAAGAGACCACCAAAGCAUUUCAUUGUUGAGUGUAAUUUGUCCUAAGAGCAGUAUUGUCAUUUUCAUGUGACCUGCAGAGCAGGUUUGUAUCAAUAUUUUUUUCCUAGAGAAAAGUCAGCAACUGACAGACCUCUUUAUUGAUUUUUAGGAGCUGCUUCUUGCAGUGAAAGGCUUUACAGCCACUGGGCUGUGAACUUAUUAGAGAUGGUCAGGAGGAAUGCACCCCAUGAGUCAGACAUUGGCUUUGUGUGAAAGCCAGCUUUUGAGGGGAUUAGCUUUUGAAACAAUGAACAGCUUGCCUUGAACUUGAUUAUUGAUCUGUUGACUGUCAUUAACAACAACUUAAACAUUGUCUUCUGUGAAAAUUUUCCUUGAAGAGUCCUGUUCUAUGUCUUUGCCCUUUGACCUUUAACUUGCAAACUGGCACAAACUGAAGGGAAUAUGGUGUUGCUUCUCCAUGGGAUUGUUAAUUGUUCUCUAAAACCUCUUCAACAUGAGCUGUUUCCUUAGAGUGCAGAGAGAAAGAGUGUUGAUGGUGGGUCUGCAGAUGGACAUUUUGUCUUUACAUGCACACUCUAAAAAUGCCCUUUAGGUAGAAGUGGUUUUUAAUUUCCUUUUCAUAUGAUUUGAAGCCUAAUUUCAUCAUUUUAAUAUGAAUUACAAAAAAUAUAGGAAAAAAAAUAACCUCAAAUACUUGAAUGGCCAGUGUGGCUUUUAUAUAAAGCAGGAAUUUUAUACUAGUGAAAAUUUCUUACUCAUUUGCUAACAAUACACAUUUCCAGAUGAUUUUUAAUGAGUGUAGGUAUACAUUCUUAUUUGGAAAUGGAUAGUUUGGCUGCCUUGAAUUUAUAUUUAUACUCAACAUAGCAUGAAAAUUAGAAUGCCUUUUGGUUAAACUACAUGUUUAUGAUUUGGUUGGGGAAAAUAUUUUCUAAUCAUGGGUGGCAUGCUGAAAGCCUUGCAGAUUGAUAUUUCUCAUAAUCUGAAAAUAUAUACUGUAAGGCUAAGAGAAAAAGAACAGUUAGAAAAGAGGAAUGGCUUUAUAGCAAAACAUUAUGCAAUGCAGACUAUAUUUUGACAAGAUAUCAAAGAUGAUGGAUUUGAGGUCCCAGAAAGCAAGGAAAGAGGACCAGAAUAAGCCCUAUAGCUUUACUUCAGUGCUUCCAUUCUAGAUGAUGCUGAUAUUAUAAAAAGAGUUAGUCACUGCUAAGCAUGGAGGACUUUAUACAUAAGCUUGUUUGUACAGUGUUUGCUUGUGGGAGGGUUUAAUUCUUUCAGGACCUUAAUGUCAAGAGAAAAAAAAAUGACUGGAAAUUAUAUUUUGUGAAAGAUAGAAAUGAGGAACUUUGUCAUUUUGGGACACGUGCAAAUCAUUCAGGAACUCCAUCAACCUGCAUUGAAAAAAAAAAUGUUUUUUCUCUAAAAUGAGAAAGAAACGAAAUAAGCAAUCUAUUGCCUCUUUACUCAUUCAUCACAAUAUCCUGAUUCAUCAUGAGACUGUAAGUAUAUAAGGGCUAGAAAAUAAUCAUAGCAUUAAGGAAAGUCUAUCAUGCUUGAAUUCUGGCAAAUGUCAAGGAUAAGGCUUGAGUCAUAUUUACUUGAAUGUAAGAAGGGGUUUAUGUAAUAAAAGAAGGUGCAUAUGGCUGCUCUUUUGAGUAAGACAUUGAUCAGGCUGUAAGAACACAAGAGAUAAGAAAAUAAUAAGUACAAUAUAAUCACAAACACUGGGAUUCCAUUUUUUUUUAUUGUACACCAGGCACUUUGUAAGGUCUCUAACUCUUCUUCAGUUAAGAUUUGGAAAAAUAUCAAUUAUAAUAAAAUAGUGAGAGUGACUAAUUGAUCUAUCAUAUUAGAAUAGUAAUUCAAAAACCAUAUGGGAUAAAUUACCAACAACAUAAUGUAUCAAUCAGUCCUGUUCCAAAGAGACAUGCAACCUAAGUAAUAUUUUUCAUCUCAUCCCUAACAACUUGUAAAGCUCAGACCUACAGUUUCCUAAGUCAAAUGAAAACCCACUUAUUCUCACAAAAAUAUUCUUCUGUUUUGUUAUUUCUCAUUACUUUACCUAUUAUAAACACAGAUGUAAACAAGAUAAUGUUCUUUAUAUAAAAUGUCUCUAUAGUUUAUAAUUUUAGUCAAAUAUUAUUGUUCUGUAUAUUAUUAACUGGACAGAAUGAAGUAUUAAAAGAGCUGAGCAGCUUGUAUUCUCUGAAGCAGAAAUUCCACAUCACCCUUGUAGAGAAGAUUGUAAAUUAAACUCUUGACCCGUUUUAGAACAAAGUAUCUGCUGAUAUGGCAUUGUUAGCCAUUGAAUACUGAUGCUCUUUACAGUUGCAAGUGUUAUAUAGCUAACUUAGAGAACAUUAUGUAUUACUUGCAAAGACAACUUCUGUUAUCAAUCAGAAAGCAAGGCUUUUCUGAGUCAAAUAUAAUAAAUUACUAAGUAAUGAUUACCACAAAAUAAUUACUAAGUAAUAAAGGAUACAAACUAGUUUACUGAAAUAAGCAAAUGUUCCUCUUAUUACUGAAAUUUCCUAUAAUCUUUUUAAAUUUACACAUAAUUUGGCUUUUCAUAUACUAUAUAUUUAUUUUCACUUCCUUUCUGUGUGUGAUUAAAAACACAAUGUGUUUGCUAGGUGUGGUGGCGCAUACCUGUAAUCUCAGCAACUUGGGAGGCUGAAGCCUCUCAAGCUGUCUUCACAGCAUUGAGGACAGCCUCAACAAUUUAUUCAGUCCCUAAGCAACUCAGUGAGACACUGUCUCCAAAUUUAAAGGGCUGGGGACAUAUGUAGCUCAGUGGUAAAGCACCAUUGGGUAAAGCACUGUUGGGUUCAAUCCCUAGUAACAAAACAAAACAAAAAAACCUACACACAAACACACACACAAUGUGGUGGGUAAGAACAUUGCCCAAACUUCUCUGGUAGUUCUAAUACAUGGAUAAUGUUGUAUAUACUGGAUCCUAGGAAUGGUAAUGUAAUACUUGCAAGUUCUCCAUAUUGUAUUGCUAUCUCUAGUAUGGUGCAAAUACCCAUACUUUGUGGAUCUUACAGUAGAAUAACCAGUGUAUUCAUAUUGACUAAACUCAAUGUGCUGUCUAAAGAAGAAUGAAUGUUUUGAUCAAAUAGACUUGUUAAACAAGAGUCAUGAAAAGAAUCUCUUUUUUAAAAGUUUUCAGAGUAAUUUCCAGAAGCUAAUAAAGGCAGUGAUUCACUGACAGUCUUGAGUCUUUGAGAUUCUAGUAUGUUCUGGAACAACCUUGUAGAUGGUGAUGAGCUCUUUUCAGCAAACACAGCAAAAGUUUAAUUUUUGAUGCUCUUAAGAACAAUCCCAAAGUAUCACAUAUGUCAAACAGAAUAUGCCAUCUAAACAAAAAAAGUAAAAUCAGCUGACAUUACAAAUGCUGUAAAUACAAUCUCAGCCAAUAUAUGAUAUCACUGAAGGUGUCAAUCAGCCAUAUUGGAGAAUCUAACCAUUCCACUGGAUUUCAUGAACCUUUGUGAUACUGAUUUAUUGUGACCACAGGAAACACAUGCUACAGCAUAUGUAUCUAAUUUAUAGUUUCCAUGUUGCCAGAAAAGGAAACAUACCUGCAUCAGAAAAGAUUUAACAGUUACAUUUUAAAAGUUAGAACUUCAUAUAAAAAAGAAAAUAGCAAUCAGAGAUAGUACCACACCAUAAAUAAUGAAAGCUAUAUUUAAUAAAUAUAAUGGACAAGGAAGAGGAAGAAAAGAGUCUUUUAUAAAAUAUAAAGACACUAUAGCACUUGAUAAAACAACCAGUAAUUUCACUUUAGCAAGUAUAAAAAUAGUAGAGAAAAUUGCAACUUCAAGCUCUUUGCAGUAGUGAUGAAUAUGUGAUAUGUCAAUGUAUAUAUUUAGCCAGUGGUCAUUAGAUGUUACCUGCAUAAACACAUGUGAUACUCAUGCAUUGCCUUCUAGCCCAAAAAUUUCAGAAAUAGGUGUUCAGUAACCUCCUCCAUUGGAAAGAUAUAUAAUGUUAGAAUCCCCUGAGAAAAGCCAUUUCCCUAGAAUAGAAAUUUACCUCAAUAAUCAUGGAACACAAAACACUUGGCAUAGUAGCAAAAGAGUUGCCUUAGUGUUACAGUCUCAUCUAAAUGUAAUCUUCAUCUUCAAUGUACUGCUCAAAUCAUUCCUCAUUUUUUUCUAUUGGUAUAAUUUUGAAGUAAUUCUGAAAUAUUUCAGAUCAGAUAAAUAACAUUCAAUUACAAAUAUCUCUUUAAACAUAUGUCUACUUUGAAAUUUAAACCAAUAGUAUAGAAAGCCUAAGAAUGAACACUAAUUUGACACACUUACAGAAACGGAGGGAAAAACACGUUAUAUCUUUCUUCAGAGCAAGGUAUCAUCAACCCUUAUUUCGCUUCCAAAAACUGAAGGAAAGAAUCAUGAUCAAGAGUAAAACCAUAAAGUUUUUGAUUUACAGAGAUGUUUCUUGAGUAUUUUAUUUGCUUGUCUUUGUAAAAUUUCUGGUAGAAUAUAGAAGUAACAGUCUUCAUUUUUUGAUCAUAAUUGUGAGCUUAUAAUGGGACAUGACGUGUAUCGUUUUUUUUAGAACAAAGCUAAUUCGUUAUACUAAGUAGGGAUAAUACUUUUUAAUGAAAAUGAGGACAUACCAGUAAUUCUGGCCAGUACUUAAUAAGAAUACAAAUUAUACAUUAAAGACAUUUAUAAAUGGAGGUUUUUGAGGAUUCUAUGCCUUUUCAAUUUAAAGAGCAGUGUGUCUUAGAAUUUUUCUUAUACUAACAUAGUGCUGAGGAUAAUUUUCAAAUUUGUACUCAACGUGUCCUUACAUUAAAGGGCACAUUGGACAGUGUAGGAAGACACUUUAUCAACUAGAAUGAUGUGCUGAUUCACAUAACUUUGCCAUGUGCUCUGCUAUAGAGCUGGAUUUAUAUGCCCUUAAGAAGGGAGAAAAAAAUCAGUUAAAUAUAAAUAUGAAAAUAAGAUAAUUAUAUCAUGUUAGGCCCCUUAGCUUCAGAGCAAGAUAUCAUUAAUCUUUACUUCACUUCCAAAAAAUGAAGGAGAGAAUUGUGAUCAAGAAGAAAAGGAUAAACUUUUUGACUUAUAGAGAUGUUCCUUGACUAUUUAAUUCACUUGUUUUUAUCCAUGAAAAUCCAACCAUUUUCAUGCCAUCACGUCUGUAGCAUUUGGUCUGUAGCUAGUUUGGAUCCCUGGCACAAUAUUUUUUUCCACAGGCCUUUUUAUACAUGCCUCAUAUAUAAUUAAGCUUUGGUGAGAUGUGACUGCAUGCUAGGAUGCUUUUUCCUAGGUCAGGAUAUGGUGCUGCUUGUACUAGCUGUGUUUUAUAUGAAUGUAUGUUGCUACAUUGACCUGUCUUAUCAAGAUGUGGAUGGAGAAAGCCUGUGUGAGCUGUCUGUUGAAGUCACUAGGAUGCAUGUUGUGUUUGCCAUCACGUAAUGCCAGUUUUUAAUGUUCCCUCUUUAGAUAUUGACAACCCGUUUUUAAGAUAAAACAUUGUUUUGCUUGAAUUAAUGAUUUUCUUAGUAAUACAAGGGUUAUUCUUAUCUAGUUUUUUUUUCUUUUUCCUAUCACUGAAAUAACUUUGCAGAGGCCACAUUAUUGUCUGUCUUCUCACAGUUCUUUAGUAUACGCCACCGCCUAGGCAAAAUUAUGUUUUGAGUUCUUUUGGUUAUUUACUCCUUUGUAUCAUAUGGAUUCCAUUAUUCCUGUGUUCAUAAAUACAAAAGUUCACAAUCUUUGUUACUCCUAAAAACAUGACUUCUAAACAAGGGUGAGUGUAUGCCUGUUUUUUUCUGCUCCUUCAAUUCUGAGAUGAGUAUUUGUUUGCUUUCUGUUUUUUACUCCAAAAAUGAGCUAUUUGGGAAGGAUAUUUUAUAUUGUGCUGUCUUAUCAGUCUCUGCCUAUAUUUGCAUUCCUUUAAAUCUCCACCUUGUGUCCUCCAUUUUUUUUCCUGUUGUUGCUAUACAGAUUUCGAUUUUUCUCUUCCUCUGUGAAAACCAAAAUUGAACAACCUUUUACAUCAAAGGUGGCACCCAGGAAAUGUCUUUUUUUUUUUUUUAGUAUUUUUCUUCACAAAUUUUAUGCAAAGAUUUAGUCCUUGUCAUUUCACACAUCCCCAAUCUCUGUCAUUGGCUUCUAACUUUUAUAGAGCUAUUCCCCUGAGAAAAGUGAAAUGCUGACUAUACUGACUGUUGUCUGUUGAUAAGACAGCUAAGGAAAUUUGUUUCUGCAGAAUGUAUAAUAAAUAAUUAUACAGUAAAAUGAAUACCAUAAUAUAGUGUUCUGUUUAAGGUACAUCAUGGGGACAUGAAUGCCUAAAGCCUUGAUUCUUUGGUCUAUUUCCUUUUAAGUGUAAAUUACAUAUACAUAUAUAAGUAUAAAUGUAUGUGUAUAUGUAAUUUACAUUUGAUGUAUACAUACAUAUAUUAGAAAUAGAUAGAAUAAAAGAAUUAGGGAUAUUAUAGCAGCAGCUUUUCGCUGCAUGGGUUGUGACUGCAUCAGCAUUUCUAUUGUGAACCUCUAUUUUUCAGGGGUUUUAGAGACUUGGCCAUAAAAAUUUGCUUCAAGCUUAAAAGUCUUGAAAGAUUUUUUUUUUAGGUAUCUAAUUUUAACAAAUAUAUCUUGUUUUUUUAUAUUAUAGGUGGGAAAUAAAUGGAGUUUACUAGUUCAAUUUUGUGCUGAGAUAACUUUUAAUAAACUUAAUUUUCUAACAAAAAUAAAAUCUAAUUAGUUCAUAGUUUAUUGAUGGUUUUUAAAAGAAUCAAAUAUUAUGGACAUUGAGAAAUUUGCCUGCUUCAUCAGUGUAGUAAAGUAUUUUCAAAAUGUUUUAAAUCUUAUGUACCUAUAUUAACAUUAUCUUGAUUCCAGUAGUGAAUCAGUAUGAUAAUGAAUGCAGAUAACAUCCAUAUAAGCAAUCUGGUAGUACAGAUUUGGAAAAAUAUAGUGUAUAUGAGAUAUAUAUGUAUAUAUAUGCAGAUAUAUAUACAUGUAUAUGUAUUUACUAGAAAGAUUAAGGGGGAUAAGCUCCCAUGAACCUAGUUUGUCAAAUAAAUAUUAUAUAUUUUUUAAAAAUUACAUAGUAAUUUAUCUUUCAGAGUCCAAAUGAGAUGCAAGCAAUUGCAAAGGAAAAAGAAAAGUUGUCUCUUGGGUAAACAAUACACAUUUUAAAUGGAAAAUCAUUUUCCUUUCUAUGUUGUGUUUAUGGGAAAUUAAAAGAAUAAAAAUUAACACAGACUUUAUUUAAAUAUAACAUUAAACUGUGAAGCAGGGAGAAACACCAGGAAAUUAAAAUUUUAGGCCAUUAUCUUGUGGUUGUCUGAAAAUGCUUUGCCUUUUUUAUAAUUCCCCCUGAUGUUUUCAGUUAUGGAGAGAGUAUUGAACUCUUACCGUUAAGUUUCUGGAUUGUUCACUUUACACUAUAUACUCUUUUGUUAAGUUUUUGAUUAUAUGUAGUCUUAUGUGUACAAGGAAUGAAAUAAAUAACACAUUUAUUUGCCAAAUGAAUUUUAAGAUUUGCAGGUUGUGUUUUUUGCCCAUACAGGAUUCUAUACAUUUACACCAUCUUAAAUCUGGCAAAUAUAUAUAUAUAAUUUUUUUCCUGAUAGCUUCUACCGACAAACACAAAGCUUGUUUGUGUGCAAAUAUAAGGCUAAAUAAAUGGUGCUAAAGUGUAUUAUGACUGUCAGAUAUAAUCAGGCAAAAUUUUGUGGUGCUUAAAUUAAUUUUUUCAUUGAUUUAUUGAUCAGUGCAUUGAACAGUGUUUAUUCACCAGUUGUCUUUUAUUAGUAAAUCAAGGCCUCAUAGCACAUUGUUAAAUAAAAUGGUUGACUAGUUGACUAGUCUAUGUAACAGCUCACCAAGCUAUUAUCUACUUAACUCCUUAUAAUGUUGCGUCAUUAAAGGUCAAGGGGUCAUGCUAUUAAUCUCAUUCUACAGACCAUUAACAUGACUGAACAUUUUCACAAAGUACUUAUGUUUACAAUGCUAUAACCCUUUGACUGCUGCGGCAACCUUUAACCACACAAAUGUCACAAGCUAGAAUCAUCAGCAUGGUUCUUGCCAUGGCAAUCAAAGAGUUAAGGGCUGUGCAGUGAUUUGUUUUGUAUUUAUUAAUUUAUAUUUAUUUCAUUUCCAUUCAAAGUGGGGACUAGGGGUGGGGCAGUUUUUGUCUGCUGUAAGUGUCUUAACCUAGGGAAGGGUUAAAUGGCUUUUUAUACUAUUGCAUCUUCUGUAUUUACCAUCAAUUCAUUGUGUUGUAAUUAAAAAAAAACCUGUCAAUAAAUAAGAGAACAGAAAAAUG